AUGUCUACCUUUGCAGUUACAGUCAUCAAGAGUACAUCCGACCCGGACAGUGUAGGCUUCAUGGGUAUUUUCAUGCAGAUGCGACGUACAGGAACAGACCAGAUAACUGGUACUUGGUCCGUCACCGAUGAGACGAACUUCAAGACAGUAUCCUGUCAAGGUGUAAGCGACAGCGCAGUGACGCAUAGGAACAACAUCCAGAAGGUUUUCCUCAAUACUUUCACGUGGAACGCUCCCUUUGGUGAAAAUGCCGUUGUUAACGUCGUGGCUACGUACGUCGAUCAAAAGACGACAUUUUGGGUGAAAGAAAUGGGGCAAACCCUCUCGAGUAAAGCAUCCGGGCUAUGUAAUACGAACCCAUGUCAGAACGGUGGGUCAUGCCUACAAAGUGGAAAUUCCUUCACCUGCACUUGUCCAACUCCCUACACCGGAACAACCUGUCAAACAAUAACCGCACUUCCCUGCAAUUCCAAUCCCUGUCUAAAUGGUGGAACAUGCGUGAAUACAAAUCAGCAGUCUUCAUUCACGUGCUUGUGUAAUGCUGGAUACGCUGGAUUAAGAUGUGAAGUAGUACUAGCACUUCCCUGCAAUUCCAAUCCCUGUCUAAAUGGUGGAUCCUGCUUGAACACAAAUCAGCAGUCUUCAUUCACGUGCAUGUGUAAUGCUGGAUACGCUGGAUUAAGAUGUGAAGUAGUACCAGCACUUCCCUGCACUUCGAACCCCUGUGCCAAUGGUGGAACGUGUGUGGAUGUAAAUCAACAGUCUUUCGUGUGUUCGUGUCUGGCCAUAUAUACUGGAUCUAGAUGUGAAACGUUAUCAGCACUUCCCUGCAAUUCCAACCCGUGUGCCAAUGGUGGAUCCUGCUUUAAUACAAACCAGCAGUCUUUCUUCUGUGUGUGUUCGACUGGAUAUUCUGGAUCGAGAUGCGACCAAGCACCCGAUCCAUGUAGCCCUAAUCCCUGUUUGCAACAAGGAACGUGUAUUUCUCUUGGCAAUGAUUUCUUCUGUGUCUGCCCACCUCUAUCUACUGGCAAGACGUGUAAUGAAGUGGUUCUUCCCUGCGACUCGGAUCCCUGCCUAAAUGGGGGGCUUUGCCAGGGUAUUAACAUGCAACAACAGCUCGUUUGUGCUUGUCAGAUGGGCUUUUCAGGAACACUCUGCGAAAUAGGGGGUUAUGAUCAGUUAAUACCCUCACUGGAUGUUGAGAUCCACUGA